CUGCAGUUUACGUGUGUCCCUGGAGAACAAUCCGUCCAUGUAUACAGCAAACACGAAGCUCCUACUGUGUGCUAUGCUCUGAAGAUGCUAUAGUGACUAUGUCAUGAACAUCUCUGUCUUCAUCGAGUGGGACAACCAGAGGAAAGUGACCCUGCCGUGGAAGGAUUUACCCCUGCCCCGGAAAAGCAGCAGCUGCCGUACCAGUAACCGGAAAAGCCUCAUCCUGACCAGCACUUCGCCCACGCUGCCGCGACCCCACUCCCCGCUGCCGGGCCACCUGGGUAGCAGUCCCUUGGACAGCCCCCGCAACUUCUCCCCCAACACCCCUGCCCACUUCUCCUUUGCCUCCUCUCGAAGGGCCGACGGACGCCGCUGGUCUCUGGCCUCACUCCCAUCGUCGGGCUAUGGCACCAACACACCCAGCUCCACUGUCUCGUCCUCCUGCUCCUCCCAGGAGCGCCUGCACCAGCUGCCCUACCAGCCCACCGUGGACGAACUCCACUUCCUCUCCAAACACUUCGGCAGCACCGAGAGCAUCACGGACGAGGAUGGCGGUCGCCGCUCCCCGGCCGUGCGUCCCCGCUCGCGGAGCCUCAGCCCCGGGCGCUCCCCCUCCUCGUAUGACAACGAGAUCGUGAUGAUGAACCACGUGUACAAGGAGCGGUUCCCCAAGGCCACUGCGCAGAUGGAAGAGAAGUUGCGAGACUUCGCGCGCGCCUACGAACCUGACAGCGUCCUGCCGCUGGCCGAUGGCGUGCUCAGCUUCAUCCACCACCAGAUCAUCGAGCUGGCCCGGGACUGUCUCACCAAGUCCCGAGACGGUCUCAUCACUACAGUCUACUUUUACGAAUUGCAAGAGAACCUGGAGAAGCUGCUGCAGGACGCCUACGAGCGCUCCGAGAGCUUGGAGGUGGCCUUCGUCACUCAGCUGGUGAAGAAGCUGCUCAUUAUCAUCUCGCGCCCCGCGAGGCUGCUGGAGUGCCUGGAGUUCAACCCGGAGGAGUUCUACCACCUGCUGGAGGCGGCCGAGGGCCACGCCAAGGAAGGACACCUGGUCAAGACGGACAUCCCCCGCUAUAUCAUCCGCCAGCUCGGCCUCACGCGGGACCCCUUUCCAGACGUGGUGCACCUGGAGGAACAGGACAGCGGCGGCUCCAACACCCCGGAGCAGGACGACCUCUCCGAGGGGCGCAGUAGUACCAAGGCCAAGAAGCCCCCCGGGGAGAAUGACUUCGACACCAUCAAGCUGAUCAGCAACGGGGCCUACGGCGCCGUCUACCUGGUGCGGCACCGGGACACCCGGCAGCGUUUUGCCAUGAAGAAGAUCAACAAGCAGAAUCUGAUCCUGCGCAACCAGAUCCAGCAGGCUUUCGUGGAGCGCGACAUCCUCACGUUCGCCGAGAACCCCUUCGUGGUCAGCAUGUUCUGCUCCUUCGAGACGCGGCGCCAUCUCUGCAUGGUCAUGGAAUACGUGGAAGGCGGCGACUGCGCCACGCUCCUUAAGAAUAUCGGGGCGCUGCCGGUGGAGAUGGCGCGUAUGUACUUCGCCGAGACGGUGCUGGCGCUCGAGUACCUGCACAACUACGGCAUCGUGCACCGCGACCUCAAGCCGGACAACCUCCUGAUCACCUCCAUGGGUCACAUCAAGCUCACAGAUUUCGGCCUCUCCAAGAUGGGGCUCAUGAGUCUGACCACCAACUUGUACGAAGGUCACAUUGAGAAAGACGCCCGAGAAUUCCUGGACAAACAGGUGUGCGGGACCCCCGAGUACAUCGCGCCCGAGGUCAUCCUGCGCCAGGGCUACGGCAAGCCCGUGGACUGGUGGGCCAUGGGGAUCAUCCUCUACGAGUUCCUGGUGGGCUGCGUGCCCUUCUUCGGAGACACGCCCGAAGAGCUCUUCGGACAGGUCAUCAGUGAUGACAUCCUGUGGCCCGAGGGGGACGAGGCUCUGCCCACAGACGCGCAGCUCCUCAUAUCCAGCCUCCUGCAGACCAACCCGCUGGUCCGGCUUGGAGCAGGUGGCGCCUUUGAGGUGAAGCAGCAUAGCUUCUUUCGAGAUCUGGACUGGACCGGACUGCUGAGACAGAAGGCCGAGUUCAUCCCUCACCUGGAGUCGGAAGAUGACACCAGCUACUUCGACACCCGCUCGGACAGGUAUCACCACGUGAACUCCUAUGACGAGGAUGACACCACGGAGGAGGAGCCCGUGGAGAUCCGCCAGUUUUCCUCCUGCUCGCCACGAUUCAGCAAGGUGUACAGCAGUAUGGAGCAGUUGUCGCAGCACGAACCCAAGACCCCCGUAGCGGCAGCAGGGGCCAGCAAGCGGGAGCCGAGUGCCAAGGGUCCCGAGGAGAAGGUGGCCGGCAAGCGGGAGGGGCUGGGCGGCCUGACUUUGCGUGAGAAGACCUGGAGAGGAGGCUCCCCGGAGAUCAAGCGCUUCUCUGCAUCCGAGGCCAGUUUUCUGGAGGGGGAGGCCAGUCCCCCGUUGGGCGCACGCCGCCGAUUCUCCGCCCUGCUGGAGCCCAGCCGCUUCAGUGCCCCCCAAGAGGACGAGGAUGAGGCCCGGCUGCGCAGGCCUCCCCGGCCCAGCUCUGACCCACCAGGCUCGCUGGAUGCUCGAGCUUCCAAAGAGACCAUUCAAGGCGAAGGCACUCCCAGCGCCGGGGACCCCGAGGCCACUGACCGUCCACGCCCAGGUGACCUCUGCCCAUCCUCAAAGGAUGGAGACUCAUCAGGCCCUAGAGCCACCAAUGAUUUGGUUCUGCGCCGGGCCCGGCACCAGCAGCUGUCCGGAGACCCCGCAGUGGAGAAGCGGCCUUCUCGAACUGGAGGCAAAGUCAUCAAGUCAGCCUCAGCUACAGCCUUGUCUGUCAUGAUUCCUGCAGUGGACCCACAUGGAAGCUCACCCCUCGCAAGCCCGAUGUCCCCACGAUCUCUCUCCUCCAACCCAUCGUCACGGGACUCCUCCCCCAGCCGGGACUAUUCUCCAGCUGUCAGUGGGCUCCGCUCUCCCAUCACCAUCCAGCGCUCCGGCAAGAAGUAUGGCUUCACGCUACGUGCCAUCCGUGUCUACAUGGGUGACUCGGAUGUCUACAGUGUCCACCACAUUGUCUGGCACGUGGAGGAGGGAGGCCCAGCCCAGGAGGCGGGGCUCUGUGCAGGGGACCUCAUCACUCACGUGAACGGGGAGCCCGUGCAUGGCAUGGUACAUCCCGAGGUGGUGGAGCUGAUCCUUAAGAGCGGCAACAAGGUGGCGGUGACCACGACACCCUUCGAAAAUACCUCCAUCCGCAUCGGUCCUGCAAGACGCAGCAGCUACAAGGCCAAAAUGGCUCGGAGAAACAAGCGGCCCUCUGCCAAGGAGGGCCAGGAGAGCAAGAAGCGCAGUUCCCUGUUCCGGAAGAUCACGAAGCAGUCGAACCUGCUGCACACUAGCCGCUCUCUGUCGUCGCUGAAACGCUCGCUGUCGUCCAGCGACAGUCUCCCGGGCUCACCCACGCAUGGGCUGCCGGCGCGCUCGCCCACGCACAGUUACCGCUCCACGCCUGACUCCGCCUACCUAGGUGCCUCCUCUCAGAGCAGCUCGCCAGCCUCGAGCACGCCCAACUCGCCGGCGUCCUCAGCGUCACACCACAUCCGGCCCAGCACGCUGCACGGCCUGUCGCCGAAGCUCCACCGCCAGUACCGCUCAGCGCGCUGCAAGUCGGCCGGCAACAUCCCCUUGUCGCCGUUGGCACACACGCCGUCCCCAACGCAGGCGUCGCCGCCACCGCUGCCGGGCCAUACAGUGGGCAGCUCGCACACGACGCAGAGCUUCCCGGCCAAAUUGCACUCCUCACCACCUGUCGUGCGCCCGCGCCCGAAGAGUGCCGAACCCCCGCGGUCACCGCUCCUCAAGCGCGUGCAGUCGGCGGAGAAGCUGGGAGCCUCGCUUAGCGCCGACAAGAAGAGUGCACUGCGCAAACACAGCCUAGAGGUGGGCCACCCGGAUUUCCGGAAGGACUUCCACGGCGAGCUGGCGCUGCACAGCCUCGCGGAGUCCGACGGCGAGACGCCCCCGAUCGAAUGCCCGGAACCCGCGCGACCUGGGGCCAAGACCGAGGCGUCCCAGCCUCCAGGCGCAGACUCCAAGGGGUUGCAGGAACCCACGUCCCUGGCACCUACUGUGCCUGAAGUCCCCCGGGGCCGGGAGCGCUGGGUGCUAGAGGUGGUGGAGGAGCGGACCACGCUGAGCGGGCCUCGCUCCAAUCUGCCCCCAGGCCCUUAG